AAUGGUGUCAAUAAUUAAAAAGCAACUAUUGAAACAUCUGUCAAGGUUUACUAAGAAUUUAUCAGCUGAUAAAAUAAAUUUAAGUACAUUUAAAGGAGAAGGUGAACUAACAAACUUAGAACUUGAUGAAACAGUUCUAACAGAUUUAUUAGAAUUGCCAUCAUGGCUUAGAUUAACAAAUGCUUGUUUUUAUCACAAUAAAAUUUGAUAUUUGAUGUUUAUAAUUUUCAUUAGAUUUUAAUAUUUAUAGAGUUUGGAUGAAGUUCAUAUAGAAAUAGAAACAUGUGAAGAUUUAAGAGAUCUGUCUUCUUCACAAGGAUUGCCUUCAUACACUGGUCCUGCGAAAUAUUCUUUUAUACAUAAAGUAAUUGAUGGUAUAACAGUAACUGUUAAUACUGUAUCAGUUACAUUUAAAAGUCCUGCAUUCAUUGCUUCAGUUCAGAUGAAUCGUAUUAUUGUGGAAUCAAAGUCUGCAACAUGGCAACGUUGUGAUCUUAGAACUACUAGAGUAAAAGACCCUGAUCGUGGACAGUUACUUAUUUUUAAAGAAUUAGAAUGGCAAACAGUUAGAAUAGAAGCACAAAGUACUAAAGACAAGAAUCUUAUGCCUUUCCUUUUACUUACAAAUCAAGCAAGGUGUCGGAUUACUAUCAAAAAAAGAAUAUCAGAUUGUUUUGUUAUGGGAUCAAGACUGAUUCUUAUAUUAGAUGACCUACUAUGGGUUUUAACAGAUUCUCAAUUGAAAGCAGCACUUCAUUUUAUUGAUUCUUUAGGAGGUCUGAUAGAAAAAGCUACAAUUUUAGAACGUAAAACUAAAGCAGCUAGAAAACUAGAGGUAUUGCCAGAAUAUCAAGCACAAAUAUCUCAACAGUCAAGAACAAAAAAUCAAUAUAAUACUGUUAUUUCAAAAAUCUUUUCAAGAUAUGAUGUUAUAGAAACAUCAUACCAUUUUCUUUGUCAAAGAAUCGAUUUGCACUUGUGUGAUGAAGCUGGUAAUGGUAGAUCUUCCUAUCCUGAUUUAAAAGAUGGUGGUGUACUGCAAAUUUCACUAGUCAGGUUUCAAGUUGAUUAUUAUCCAUAUCAUUUAGCAAUGGCUGAUAGAAAACAUUGGGCUAACUACAAAGAGAAUGCUACACCUCACAGCCAAUGGUUACAACAAUCGUUAAGUUCAUUUCGAAGUCAGUUUAUGGACCUCAUUGAUUCUGGUAGAACACAGCAUUCUCCUUUAACUAGAAGUCAAGGAAAUGUCACAGUUAAUAAUACAAAAGGUAUGGGAGAAAAUUUGGAAAAAGGUAAUCAAGCUCAAAAUGCAACUACAGGCUCUCAUGAGCAAAAAAAAUCGCAACAUCCUAGUGGUAAUCCAGUGAAAAAUUAUAUUUUGGAACAGCUUGCCAAAUUAAUGACAACAUGUAUUAUAAUAAGAAUUAAUGACUUCACGUUGUAUAAAGUAACUACAACGUCUCGCAGUCCUGUACCAAAAGAAUUUGUUGCAGCUCAAACAAGGAAGAAACACGCAUCAGGUGAUAGAGACAGGCUUUGUCUUCCAGAAGAUGUUACAAUUCUUCAUGCCGAGUUUACAUACUAUUAUUAUCCUGGAGAUAUUACAUUUCCAUUGCCACCACCAAAAUUUUAUGUACAAUUGAAUCCUAUUCAAGUAAAUUUUGAUCUCUGUUCCUGUUUGUGGUUUAAUUCUUUUGCAUUAAACUUAUGUCAUUCUUUAAUGAGUAAAGAUAAACAAGCAACAUAUACUUCCACUAACUUAAUGUAUUUUGAUGUGAAAAUUGAAGCUAUACUUCCAAGAAUAAUUUUUGAAAGCCAACAAGAUUAUCCUAAUCAAAAGGACAGACCAAAGUCUUUACACAUUCAGACUUCAAGGGCAUCAAUAACAAAUGUUCGAUCUACUGAAAGGUCUUCAAGAGCAGAUUUAGCACAAUGUCUAAAUGCUUUUCAAAUGGGUCAUAUGUUUUUUGGUACAGAAUUUCCAAACAAAUCGGAUGAUUUUCACGUUUUAACAGAUAAAUUUUUGGCACAUUGUGCAGGCACUGAUAAUAUCCGUUAUCCACCACCUAACUUUAGUAGCAAUUCUGUAAAUGAAUUAGUUCGCCAAUUACAUCGGGAACUUUUAUGGACUGAAGCUAAAGACGUGUGGUGCUGUAAUUUGGAACCCGUUUGGGGAGAUUUUCUUGGUGCUCGCGCGGUUGGACAUAAUCGUCCUGUACCGUUUCUCGAUGCAUUUCCUUUAACUUUAUGGUGCUAUAUGUCAAUGAAUUCGUCAGAAAAUAAAUCUUCUACUGCUGACAUUCAUGGUCUUGCGUAUAUAAGCAAUUUAGUUAGCGUACAGAUAAACCAUUAUCAGUACUUGUUCUUAUUGAGGUUGUCGGAAGUUUUAUCAGAAAUGGCAACAUACCUAACCAUCGAUUCCAAUAAGAUAUUGAAUGUCGAUUCUGAUAGUUCAAUUAUUAUUGGCGCAUUAGUACCGCAAGUAGAAGUAACUUUUGUCAUGCCAUCUCACACUCCUGGCAAAGAAAAUUCUGGAGGAGAUUUGGAAUCUGUUAUGCCAGAUUCAUCUAGCAUAGCUGACGAUAUUGCAUGUUCAUCUAUUCCAUGGCAAAACAAUACAGAACGAGUUGAGAGUAGCAGUAAAAAGAUUAGCGUAAGUAAUGAAGUAAUAACUCCUCAAAGUGAUGUAUCACCAAUACUGUCUAUGGAUUGUAUGCAAUAUGUUAGUCCACCUCAAACUGUUGUCACGUUUAAACAUAAUGGUACAAAUAAACAUGAUCAACAGAUAGGGAAUGUGACACAUGAUAAACAAUACAUUGGUGUAGAAGAAGAAAAAGCAUUACCUAAUCUACGAUAUGUUGCUGAUACUAUGCAUAAACAUAGCAAAGGGGACUCAUCUUCAAAUACACCAUUCAUUCCUAAUAAUUUCAACGUUGGUCUUUCUUCUAUGAAAAAAGGAUUAAGUAAUUUAAUGACAUCUAUUGAUUCAGCUUUGAAGGCUUCACCAGAGGAUGGUAGCAGUGAUACUGUAUCCAUAAGGAGUGAUGUUAGUUCUGAUAGUGAGAACUACGUUUUAGGUAAUCUUCAAGAUCAAGAAAAAAUGGAUGUAAUGUUUUCUAUUGACAAUUCUAUUAGAGUAGCAGCAAUAGAAGAAGCUAGUGAAGUAGUUGAAGAAACUCCUGAUACUCAAAGUGAAAAAUCUAUGGAUAGUGUGUGCAAACGAAAAGAUAUUGUAUCUAUGGCAACAUUCAAAUUAUCCAAAGUUGAAUUUAUUCAACAAUCUUCUGGAUAUGCAUCGUCGAUUAAAGUUCAAGUUUCAAAUAUUGGCAAUGAUGAAUGUUCAUCUAUUCCAUGGGAUGAAUUUCAGGUCAAGAGGAAGACAAAAUUUGGUGCACGAUCUAGAGGUUGGGUUGAAUUACCCUCAGACUCGAACUGCAGAUCAUGCAUUAAACUACGUUUGGAUCAUGAUUUAAAAUGCAAGUCAGAUGCUUGUAAAUUGUCUCUAGCGAGUCGAACCAUAAAUCACAAACAUAUGCCUGUGUCUCGAAAUCAGAAUCAAAAUAAUAUGGUUGAACAAGAAGUAGACGCAUGCAGCAUAGAUGUGCAUAAUAAACAAAGCAUUUUGGAUUUAUUUGAAGACAAAUUAGAAGUUAAAGUUACUAAUAUAUCAAUGGCCUUGUCAAUGAGUUCAAUAACUGGGCUUACAGACUUAAUUGAGGAUGAAAUAAUACCUAAGCCAAUACCAUUGCAGGUGUAUUUGGAAAGUAUAUCAUUGCGUUUAAAUGAAGAUCGUCCUCCGAAUAAUAUAACUUCGCCAGGACCAAUUCCUAUAGAUCUAAAUAUUUCAAAACUUAGAGUAGUACGAGAUGCAGAUGGUGUUUUUCAUAUUGAACCAGUAGUAAACAUGUUGAGCAGCAGCAAUUCCCUUGUGUUACUACCGAAUAGUGAUAAUCCGACAGCUCAAAAUGUAAAUCACGAAAUGGAAUUAAAUAUUUUGAGGUCGUCUAGUAAACAGUUAAAGUCAGAUAAUGAAAAGCUUCGACGUCGUCUUGAUGCUUUGGAAAAAUUAUCAGAAGAAAAUACCAAAUUAAUACGCAUAAAAGAAGAAUCUGACAUAAUAAAAUCCCAUUUAAGUGUGGCACGAGAAGAAAUACAAUUGCUUCUAAAGGAGAAGAAAGCCUUGCAAGACACAGUAACAGAGCUUCAAAAUCAAACAAUUGGAAGUGGCGCAAGCAGUGGUAGUCGUGCAUCUUGGUCUUCAAAAAGAUAG